AGGGAUAAGGAGCAUGGAUGUAGGCAAGGUAUCAACACUGAGAGGAAUAUGGAGCCAAGUCUAGCACUUGAUAUUGAUAUUGAAGAGAUCCCAAAAAAGGUAAACUGGGAGAAAUUCAUACCUGAAGGUUCAGAACAAUGGGUUUUGCAGAACAUAGUGGCUGAGCUGUUCAAUGAACGACCAAUAUGGGUAAAAGAUUCAUUGUCUGAGCACUUGCUUGACAAAGGUCUGGAAUUUGGAGAAAACAUGCUCAAAAGGCUUCUGUUCAGAGCGGCUUAUUACUUUUCAACUGGGCCAUUUUGCAGAUUCUGGAUCAGAAAAGGAUAUGAUCCUCGCAAAGAUCCCGAGUCUCGCAUAUAUCAAACAAUGGACUUCCGUGUGCCAGUACCAUUAAGAAGCUACUGUGAGGCUAAUUCAGCAUCAAGACUGAAGCAUCGCUGGGAGGAUAUAUGUGCCUUUCGAGCUUUCCCAUAUAAAUGCCAAACUUCACUGCAGCUCUUUGAACUUGCUGAUGACUACAUUCAAGAAGAAAUAAGAAAACCGUCAAAUGUAGAAGCAUUCAGUAAGGCAACAGGAUGGUUCUCAGCCAAUGUGCUUGAAACCUUGAGACACCGGGUUGCUGUCAGGUUUCUGUCAGUGUAUCCCAAUGCUGGUGCAGAGGCAAUCCUGAAAUCUGAAUGUGACCUCUUUGAAAAGUCAAAAAAGAUGCGUCUGUAUCCAAAGAACUUGAAAGCAAAUGAGGAAAGGCAGCAAGACAAUAGAGAAGUGGUUGAAAAUCAAGAAAAGGAACCAAAUGAUGAAGUAGAUUAUGAAGAAGAUGAGGUGAAUAACAUUGACGAUGACAUUGAUGAAGAGGAUUUUGAUGCAUAUGAAGCGAUAGACCCGAUUGGGUUCCAGGAAGGGGAUUUUUCUCCACAACAGGAUUCCUAUACAGACCAUGAGAACAUGUCCAGAAAUUAUUUGCAAGAGCUCUUUGGUAGUUUUCCAUUUAAUGCAGCAGGCGAUAAUGAAAUGCCUGAUGCCAAUAUUAGUGAUGGAGAGUACGAGAUAUAUGAACAUUAUAGUGAUGAAAACUACUCCAAUGAUGAUGAGUACUAGCUUUUAAUUGAAUGCUGAGUUUGCCAAUCAAGCUGAAGAUGCAGCGAGAAGCCAGUGACUUUUGUAAAGCUGGAGAACUCUUUAGUUGUCCUUUCGCACUGUAGGCUCAGAAAUUUAGUGUAGCUGGAGUAGGAUAGCGAAAUCAAAUUUGUAUAUAUACUUUUAGUUCACUUCUUCCUCUUUAGGGGUCAACAGCGAGGUAUGUUGAUACUCUAUAUAAGGUUAAAAGUUUCUUCUAUAUUUAAGCUAUCUUGUGCAU